CAUGAUUACACAGUACAAGACUCCAGCAACAUCUCGCAUUGUAAAGAUGGAGAUGCUCAGCAUUUUGCCAGAUGCCAGGCGAUAUCCUGACGUUUCUCUCUUCACUUUAAGCCGGGUGACAGUCAGCAUAUUCACAAUGAAGCCGAGACAAUCUGCUAUCAAGUUACAGUAGUGACAUUCUCCCUGAUGAGGAUCCCGGGGCUGGCUGGGAUAAAGCAGCUCCGCCGAGCGCGGCGUGCGGAGCGGCCGCGGCGGGGAUGCUCCGUGUGUAAUCCAUGUUUGAUCCGUGCCGCUGGCUCGGCGGGCACAGGCUUUGUGAUCUGAUGAUGGCUCUCGUUAUGGAACCUAUUAGCAAGUGGACGCCCAAGCAAGUAGUGGAUUGGAUGAAAGGCCUCGAUGAUUGCCUCCAACAAUACAUCAAAAACUUUGAGAGAGAGAAGAUCAACGGGGAGCAGCUGCUGCACAUCACUCACCAGGAGCUGGAGGAGCUGGGGGUGACUCGCAUUGGCCACCAGGAGCUGAUCCUGGAGGCAGUUGAUCUGCUCUGUGCAUUGAAUUAUGGUUUGGAGACUGAAAACCUGAGGACUCUGUCUCACAAGCUGAAUGCCUCAGCCAAAAACCUUCAGAACUUUAUAACGGGUAGGAGGAGGAGUGGCCACUACGAUGGCAGGGCCUCCAGACGACUGCCAAAUGAUUUCCUUACCUCUGUAGUUGACCUGAUUGGUGCUGCCAAGAACUUACUCGCCUGGCUGGACAGGUCUCCGUUUGUCAGCGUGACAGAAUAUUCACUGCUGAAAAACAACAUUGUCCAACUGUGCCUGGAACUAACAACCAUUGUGCAACAGGAUUGUACGGUGUAUGAAACAGAAAAUAAAAUUCUUCAUGUGUGUAAAACCCUGUCUGGGAUCUGUGACCACAUCAUUUCCCUCUCCUCUGACUCUCUGGUGUCCCAGUCUGCACACCUCGAGGUCGUUCAUCUCACCAGCAUCAUGCCCAGUGAGGGGUUGGGAAUGUAUAUCAAAUCAACAUAUGAUGGACUACAUGUAAUCACAGGAACAACAGAAAAUUCUCCUGCUGACCAGUGUAAGAAAAUCCAUGCUGGUGAUGAGGUGAUCCAGGUCAACCACCAAACUGUGGUUGGCUGGCAGUUAAAGAACUUAGUAAAUGCACUGUGGGAAGACCCAAAUGGAGUGAUUUUAACCUUGAAAAAACGUCCUCAGAAUACCCUGGUUUCUGCUCCUGCCCUUCUGAAGAAUGUGAGGUGGAAGCCUCUGGCCCUGCAGCCCGUGAUUCCAACCAGCCCCACGAGCAGCUCCACAACCCCAACGAGCACGAUGGGCAUGUCCUCAAAAAUGGACAACUCUGCACUCCAGGAUGUUUUCAUCCUCUCCCCUAUGUCAGGACUUUAUGGCCCCAGGGAUGAAAUUGGAAUAAUGUCUUGUGAUGACAUCAGCAAGUUUGGAAAGUCUGGGAUGAAAGGCUCUGAGUCUCCCAACUAUUUCCUGGAGCACGAGAGUGGGAAAUUCUACACCCUGGUCGAGGGUGAAGGGCACCCCGGGGGCUCUGAGUACGAGAGGAGCAGAGCCUCAGGUGUCAGGAGAAGGGAGAAAACCCCCACCCAUGGAGAUCUGAGGCCAGUUUCGAUGCCCACUGAGUACAGCUGGAUAGGGGAGCCCAAAGAGCAGAACAUGUACAAGAGGGGAAGCAGAGACUCUGAGAACUCGCUGCUGCGCUACCUGAGCGACGACAAGAUCCUGGUGAUCCAGGAGGAGCCCCUGGCGCAGAGGGACAGCAAGCGGGACACGGGCCGCAGGUCCAGGAAAAAGGGCAAAGGCCCAGGGAACCCCGGCUACCCCAUCAGCCCCGCUGUGCUGGCCUCCACCAUCAACGUCAGGAUGGAGCCAGGGCAGCAGGACGUGCUCAGCUUCUCCCUGGCAGAGAACAACACCGUCCCGCUCUACCACAGAGCAGGGGAUACAGUCAGUGGAGAUACUGAAAGAUAUGCAAGUUCUGGCAUUGACCAUCCAGGAAACACAUCCAUGAGGAAGUCAUUCCAUUACGCUUCCCUCAGGGUAAAAAGCAGAAAAUGGUCAAAAGGGAGUUCCCUGUCCAGCGUGAGCAGGAGGCGCAUCUCCUGCAAGGACCUGGGCCACGGCGACUGCGAGGGCUGGCUCUGGAAGAAAAAGGAUGCCAAAGGUUAUUUCACCCAGAAAUGGAAAAAGUACUGGUUCAUUCUGAAGGAUUCCUCCUUGUACUGGUACACAAACCAGAAUGAUGAAAAAGCAGAAGGAUUCAUUAGUUUACCUGAAUUCAGGAUAGACAGAGCAAUUGAAUGCAGACGAAAACAUGCCUUCAAAGCAUGUCACCCCAAAAUAAAGAGCUUCUACUUCGCAACCGACUGCCUUGAAGAGAUGAACAGAUGGAUGAACCGUUUGGGUCUCGCAGCAAUUGGUUACACACCUGAUGACAAGGAUAUUCACCCAGAUGAAGCAGAUUACUGGAGCGAGAGCGAUCAGGACGACAUGGACGGCUCGCUGACGCUGAAGCAGGAGGGCUCCUCCACGCUGUGUGACACCUACCACCGCACCCCCUCAGUGAAUUCUUCAAGCCCAUUCCCCGAAGCCAAACAAGGCCGACACUUUUCCAGCGAAUCCACGUAUUCCCACUCUUCUGCCGAGGACUCGCGGCAGGACGCGGCGGGCAGCACGCACUCCUCGGGGUGCAGACCUCCCUACCGAGAACGGCGCUCGUGGCAGGACCUGAUAGAGACCCCCUUAACCAGCUCAGGGCUCCACUUCCUCCAGACCGUCCCUCCGGAGGCGGAGUACGCGAGCGGCCGGCCCGGAAUGUCACCGGACAGACGGAGACAAGCCACGCUGCCCGUCCAGAGGCGCCACAAUUUUGAGCAGGAUGGGCCUUUUCCUCUGGUGGAAUGUCCAAGGGGACACGGCUCCCACGGGCGGCCCCAGAAACCGCGCAGCCAAAGCCUUCCCCGAAACAGAGACGUGCGCGGGAAGGGACGCGUGAAGUCCAUUGAGGGGACCGACGACAGUCUGGAUGAGAGUGUUCCUCUUAGAAGGCACAAUAGUUUCUGUGCAGAAGAAAACGUAAAAGAAAUUGAAGAAAUCACAGACGGUCUGCAAGAGCUCUACAGAACUCUGGAAGAAGCCAGCCUGUCAGCUUUCGGAGAGCAGCGUCCCUCCACCAAGCAGGAGUUCCGCAAGUCCUUCGUGAAGCGAUGCAACGACCCAGUGAUCAACGAGAAGCUGCACCACAUCCGAGUCCUCAAGAGCACUUUAAAAGCAAAGGAAGGGGACCUCACAGUUAUCAACAGCCUUCUGGAUGACCCCAACUUAACAUCCAAGAAGUUCAAAGAUUGGAAAUUAAAGAACUAUGAGUUUUUCCUGGACAUUUGUGAGUACAGUGCUGCUGGGAAGUCUCAAAACGGAGCCUCUGAACUGGCAAGCUCAGCCCCAAUGCUGACACACACACACUCCUUCAUCGAGACCCACGUGUGACAGGAGCUCAGCUGGGUCACUGCUGGGUGCCUGACACAUGCAGUCAGACAAACCCUGGUGAAUUUAUCACUGAGGUACUCAGCAGUACUGUAAAUACUUGGGUAAGAGAAUAGUGCCACAGGAUGCCUACUACAUUGCAUGAUAAGACAAUAAUAUUCUUUAUGAAUUUUUUUGUUUGCUAUUAUCAACCAAUGUCCGUAUCAAGCUCUGCAUUAGGAAGAAGUGGUGCAGAAGUGUAACUGAAAAUAAAUACCAGUAUAUUUAAAGUACUGUACUAAAACUCAGCUUAUAGUAUGAGCUCCUGCAAUCAUUUUAUAUAUUUAGAUAUAUAUAAAUACAUAUCUAUGUAUAUAAAAUGUAACAUGGUAGUUGACAUUUCCUUUUAAAAUUCCCUAAAGUUCACAUUUUCACACAUUUUUUCUUGAGAAAAAAAUAUAAAAAUGAAGACAUGAAUACAUUGGCCACUCUUAGAGAUGAACAUUUAUUUUUGCAACAUUUCCAGGUAGUGACCAUCUUUGCAAAUAAAAGGACAGAGUUAUCAAAAUGUAAACUCAAUCCCUAUAGUGUGCCUUAAAAUGUACACUGUACAUCUAAGAAAUAGAUCCCAGUCUGGCCCUAUGGGCACUCUGUACAUGCCAUUUAAAUACUGUGUUUGUAACGUGCUGUGCCUGCCUUUAAACAAAGGAACACGAGCAAGCAGGUUUGGCACAGAGGUAAGAUAUGAGUAGAACAAUAUUGGUUGUUCACUAAUGCUGCAACUUCAACUGGUUUUAAUAGGAUUUGAAGUUUUUCAUGGUGAAAGAAAAAAAAUCUGCACUGAGUAAGGUACAUACUGCAGGUUUUCAUCGUUUCUUCACUGUGAAUUUAAGUGACACAUGACUGUGAGUCACAAAAUUUAAAAAAAAGCAUGAGAAUGAAGCUUAAAAAACCUCCUGAACUAAUCAAUUACAUUCUGUGAUACACUGACAUCUAUAGCUGAGUUAAUAAUUCAAAAUUAUGUAAUGUCUGGCAAUAAUUUUUAACUGCUAGCAGUACAUUUGCAAGUGGGUGAAGUUAUUCAAAACAUCAUUCAAAAACCAAUCGGUAUUGAUUGGUUUGGGAAGACACACAAGUCACGCAGUGGAUUUCACUUCCUUGCUUGGCUGAGAAUGGUUGGUAAGAAUCAGAUUUUGGGGAAAAUACUUGUAUUCUUGGGGGGGAAAAAGAUUGCUCUGAAUGCUACUGAACAUAGAUUUCAAAGCCAUUCAUGGUUUGCUUUGACUCUGCUGGCUAGAAUGGUUCUAAAAGGCAGAAGGAAGGGGAUGUGAAUACAGCUGAUGUCAUUUCACUGAAACAAAUUCACUGA